AUGGUUCAUCAAUUGAUUGUACCAGGUAUUACAAAAGAACUUGAAGAAGUUGUUAUGAAUGCUGAAUAUGAUGAAUUUUAUGCAAAUAAUCUUUAUAGUAAUUUUGGUGAAAUAGCAACAAAUAUUAAAGGAUUAAUGGAACAUUUUCAAGAAAAACAUAAAAAUCAAUCAAAAAUUGAAUCUAUUGGAGAUAUGAAGGUUUGUAUCUUAACUAGGAUAUAUUCUUAUUAUAAUAAAAGAUUUCAAGAUAUUUGUCAUAAUUAUAAGAUCCUCUUAAGAUUAUGAAAAUUCCUUAUUUUUUGAUAUUUGUAUUAAUUAUUCUUUGUAUAAUUUGAAUAGCAAACGAUAGGACAAUGGAGAACCUCAUGUUCUUGUCUAAAAUAGAAAUUCAUCUCUGUUAACAUUAUAUUCUAUCAUAUACAGUAUUGAUAAAAAAAAUGUAAGACCAACGUAUUUUUUUUCUACAAUGCCAAGUAUUUAGCUCAAAAUCUAAAAAGUGGUUUGAAUAACCAAUGCAAUUCUCUAUCAAAUGUAUUCCAUGCCGAAAUUUAAUAGAUAGACUAAGAGAGGAAGGUUUCUCAGAAACUAAACCAGUUCCAGAAAACUUAGCGUACCAUUGUGAAGAACACAAAAUCCUGAAUAGAAUGAAGAGUCGAUGAUUUUCCUAUGGCGCUUUCUCUUAAACGUUAUCAGCAUCACAAAAAAUGCGUUUUUUUUUAGUCAUGCAAUGAUAAAGUUUGUCGUAUGAUGAUUAUAACUACUAAGAGAAAAUCAUAGGAAAUAUGACAAGUUCUCAUUUUACUUAGGAUUUUUUAAUCUUCAAAAUGACACUUUUAAAAACUAAUUUUCAUACAGUUUUCUGAAAUCUGAAAGCUAUUGUGUUUGAUUUUUCAGUAAAUCUUCUUCUAUUAUACUCCAUCUAUAAAAUUUCGGUAUGACAUGCAUUUGACAGAGAA